CGUUAUUGUGUACGACUGAAACAUUUUUGCUUUUAAUAAACUUUUUAAGUGUUAUCAUAUAAAUGCUGUGACUCGGUAUGGGGCUAGAAAAUUAAUUUUGGCAGAAUUAUUCACUCACACGAGUUAAGCUAGUAAAACUCACCCCACUCCCCUCUAUAUAAACCCAGCCCGUAGUACCAUUCCAACUCACUCAAGCGCCCAACUCUAGUGAUCAGAAAACCCAUUCCUACACAUAAUUCCUUAUCUUCUCGAUAGUGCAUUAUGGCAUCUGCAGUGAUGAAGCUUACUUUGGUGGCUCUCAUGUGCAUUGUGGUGGCCGUCCCCGUCGCACAGGCCAUCACUUGCGGCCAAGUGACCUCAAACGUGGCACCGUGCUUCAGCUACGUCAAGAGUGGUGGCGCUGUCCCUGCCGCUUGCUGCAACGGAGUCCGCAAGCUCAACAGCAUGGCCAAGACCACUGCCGACCGCAAAGCAACUUGCAAUUGCCUAAAGAACGCAGCUGGAAGUAUUAAGGGACUUAACCCUAGCCUCGCCGCUGGUCUUCCCGGCAAGUGUGGUGUCAACGUUCCCUACAAGAUCAGCACUUCCACCAACUGCAACAAUGUGAAAUGAAGAGCUUGACGGAGUCAUUUUUCGGCCCGCAGAGAUCGUAUCAUUAUUAACGUGAGAAUAAAAUUAUGGGUGUUUAUGAGAUCCAUUUGAGAUUCCUCGUGUGGGAAUCUUUAAGUUCUUGUUCUGUAUGUCAUCUGCUAGGUCACAGCCUAUGUAGUUCGUCAAUUUAGAAUCAAUAAUAGUACUUCAAUUUUAAGGA